GUUCCAUGGCGGACGGCGAAAAAGACGCCAGUUGACCACCUAUUAAUGGAAACUUAGUCCACCAAACUGUUCCCAACCCCCGCAUCUCUGUUCAUCGAGCGCCCGGACCACAUCCCGCAUGGCUGUCGGGCAGGAUUUCCUAAUUUCACAAGGGAAAUAUUCCCCGUCCCUCUCUCUCUUCUGCGAUGCCCCACACCUACGCUGGUCCGCGCCCAAGAUCGUAGAUCGAAUCAGCCAUUGGACGCUGCUAUUCUCCCGCCAGACCGUGGAAAUCAGUCCCUUCGACCAUUGAUCCUGAGUUGGGGUAAUUCUCGUCGCUCCUUGUGUUUUGAGGAGCUCCUGCUUGGACGCGGGGCAACUUGCUCCCCUCCACCGUGAAACAUGGGGGAAAGGAGGCACGGCUGUGAUGCCUCCACGAUCCAAUGUCAAAAGAUAUUUAUACCAUGGCCCGGGCAACCUUUUCGCUUUGAUUAUAUCCAUCACCAGUCCUGCUCUCGCUGAGUCCAACCUCCAAUUUAAGCGGCUUGGUUCGCAGGAGUGAUUUUAUCAAGUCUAUAAUUGACGAACUUGAUCUCUAUUCCCGUUUUUUUUCCUACUUGUCCUUUUCUUAUUAGCGGGACACUUAUAGAUUCGGCACAAUGUGGUCCCUUAUUGCUCUUGCCCCGUAUGCGGUUGGGCUGGUCUUUAUUUCCUUCGUCUACUUUUUGGCAUACCCCUACUAUGAAUAUCUUCGUGAUCCUAAAGGACUUCGCAAAUACCCCAAUCUCUCUCCCUUCUCGGGCAUUUCGGCCCUCCCCUUCAUGUUCAUGGCCUCGAGGGGCUUCCGAUCUAUGGAACUCGCUCAGUUGCACAAGAAACAUCCCGUGAUUCGCACAGGACCCAAUAUGCUGUCUUACGGUGACGUCCGAGCUAUCAAGGACAUCUACGGACACAACACGAAGUGUACCAAGGAUGCGUCCUACGCAGUCACGGCAGGCACUCAUUUCAAUCUAGCGGAUGUCGUUGAUAAGCCCGACCAUGCUAGAAAGCGCAAGGUCCUUUCGUCAGCUUAUGCCCUUAAGAACCUCGAGAGCUGGGAAUACAAGGUCACCGACAAGGUCCAACGAAUGUUCAAGCAUUUUGAUGAGGUUUGCACUCUUGCACCCAAGGAGGACGUUGCCUCGGGCAAAGUGGCCCCCGAUCCCAAGGAUUUGACUUUGGACCUGCGUGCCUGGAACAACUUCUUUACCCUCGAUGCGAUUGCCGAUAUUGGUCUCUCCGAGAAGCUUGGCUUCUUGGACCAAGGAAAUGAUAUUGUCAUGGCCGAGCGGAGGGAUGGUACCACGUACAAGACCAGUCUCCGUGAAGCCCUCUAUCCCACGGCCCGCAAGCAAUCCCUCCUUGUGUGGAACUAUGAAUGGUACCCCGUGCUUGACAAGUUGGUCAAUGUCAUCCCUUUCUUCGGGCGUAUGGCCACAUCAGCAUCUGACUGGGACAACAUCAUGUGGCGCCGGGGCAGCCAGCGACUACAACGGUACGAAGCCGGCGAGAAAUUGGACGACUUCUUCCAGGCCCUGAUGGAGGAUAAGAAUGGUAACCCGAACAACCUGGAAUGGGGCGAGGUGAUCGCCGAGUGUAACAUUAUGAUGAACGCCGGCAGCGUCACCACGGCCAUCGCCAUCACAAAUGUCAUGUACCAACUUCUCCGCAACCCGCGCUGCCUGGCCAAGCUGCGCGAGGAACUCGACGCCGUCCUCGAAGACGAUGAGGUCGUCGCAGACUAUGACAAGGUCAAGCACCUCCCCUAUCUCCGCGCUUGUCUUGACGAGUCUCUGCGUAUCUUCCCUCCUACUUCUCACGGUCUCCCUCGUGAAACCCCCGCCGAAGGCACGAAUAUCCUGGGCGAGUGGGUUGCCGGGAAUACCUCCGUCAGCAUGUCAGCAUUGGUUGCUCACCGUGAUGAAGGUGUCUUCCCCAAUGCCGACCAGUAUAUCCCCGAACGGUGGCUCGGCGAAGAAGGUAAAGCCCUGCAGCCGUAUCUGAUUGCCUUUUCGGCGGGUGCUCGUUCUUGCAUCGGUCGCAACAUUUCCUACCUGGAACAGACGAAAGCGAUUGCAUCUAUGGUACACCGGUAUGAGUUUUCGUUACCUCAUCCGGGUUGGGAGUUGAAGCGAUUGGAGACAAUGAAUUUACUAUUGAGGGAGAUGCCAGUGAAAAUCUGGCGGCGGAAUUUGGGAGUGAAUGAGGCAUAGAGGAUUCUUGCUUUCUACACUUCUUCUCUUGUCUUUUGCCCCUUGACCAUUGAUGACCCCCCUUUAAUGAGACACACCCGCGAUUCCAAUAGAUUGAUCCUUUAUGUGGCUAAAAUGUCAUUUCCUUCUUUCUAUAUUUGUCUAUGAACGGGUGGAACUUAUGUAUGAUAAUUCAAUUCAUACCUUGUCCAAAUGCUAUGAUUUUCGACACUCGUGUUGGGCCGUCCUGCAUGAGCAAGCAAAUAAACUUUCCUCUGGUACGAAC